AUGGGGGGUCAAGAUACAAGCCCAGGCCAAGCAAGAAAGGCUACUUUGCAGGAGAAAGGGCAGGCAAGUAGAAGAAAACACCCGAAGAAGAAGAAGGGGCAGUCUGUGACUAACAGGAAAUUGAGGGCAUCAUCACUAAAUUUGAGAAAGGGGGCUGUUUUCAAGUCAGUUGUAGCUGCCAUAUCAUUAUCAAUGGCUAGUGGAACCAGUAGAGGUAGGAGAAUGCUGUCAGGGGCUGAAGCUUCACUCCAAAUUGGCAAAGUUCUUGGUCUGGACUGUGAAGGAAAGGAACAGGAGAUACAAUCAUGGAAUGCGAGAGGGUUAGGCAGACCAGAGAAAAGAAGGAAGUUAAAGAAAAACAUUACGGAUAGAAAAGUGGAUAUUAUUCUUCUUCAAGAAACUAAGAUCUCUGCACAUAAUUUUGAUUUGGUAAAAUCUCUAUGGCCUGGGGAUCACUUGGAGUUUAUGGCAGUUGAUGCAGUUGGAAAAGCUGGAGGCUUGCUGUGUAUCUGGAAAUCUGAGGUGUUCCAGCUGCAAGAUUGUUGCUGUAAUCAUAACUUCAUCCUGCUGGCAGGACCAUGGUGCUUGGGGGGUGAUUUUAAUGAAAUAAAGAUUAUCUCAGAACGAAUUGGGUGUUCUAGAAGGGAUAGAGGGAUGGAAGAUUUCAAUGACAUGAUUGAACAACUUGAGCUGAUCGAUAUGCCUAUGCUUGGGAGGAAGUUUACUUGGUGUAAUUCCCAAGAUAGGGCGAAAUGGAGUAGACUGGACAGAUUUUUACUCAAUCAUGAGUGGGUACAGAAUUUUAACUUUAAACUUUGGGACCUACCUAGAUUGUUAUCUGAUCACAAUCCUAUUAUAUUAAUGGAGGAUGAUAGGGAUUGGGGACCUAAACCUUUUAGGUUCCUCAAUGCUUGGUUACUUCACCCUAAUUUCCUAUCUUUUGUACAACACAGUUGGUCUGGGCUUGUAGUGGAGGGUUGGGCAGGGUUUAAAUGCUUCAUGAAAUUUAAAGCCCUGAAGCAAGCCUUAAAACAGUGGAAUGUGGAGGUAUUUGGGAAUGUGGAAAAUAAGCUCAAGUGUGUUGAAGAAGAAGCUCAUGCCCUUGAUUUGCUUGCUGAGGACAGACCUUUGCUACCCACAGAAAUACUUAGAAGAAAGGAAGUGAGGGGAGAUGUUUGGAGGCUUAGUAAAAUGCUGGAAUGGAUUUGGUUGCAGAAAUCCAGAGUGAAUUGGGCACUUAAAGGGGAUAAAAAUACAAGAUAUUUUCACAUCAUGGCUUGUAGCAGGAAUAGUAGGAAUUCUUUGUACUCCAUCGUUGUGAAUGGUACAAUGCUGGAGGACCCGAUGGAAAUUAAAGCUGAGGUGAAGGCCCACUUUCUAAAGCAUUUCUCUGAGGAUUGGAAGGUCAGACCUAAAUUAUCUGGGCACUUCAAGACCAUUGGAGGACCACAAGUUGUUGAACAAUUGGAGGCAGAGUUUACUGAAGAGGAAAUUAGUUUUGUAAUCAAGACUUGUGAUGGGAAUAAGGCACCUGGACCUGAUGGAUUCAACAUGGCUUUUCUCAAGAAAUGUUGGAAAAUUGUGAAAUCUGAUGUGAUACAUUUAUGA